AUGGCCGCGCAGUCAGCAAAGCCCCUGGAGGGCUACUCCAGCUACAGCCACUUCAACAUCACCAGCCCGGCCGCCUUCGUCGCACACGUCGAGAUCAACCGGCCGCGCAAGCUUAACGCUUUCAUCCAAGCCAUGUGGCUGGAGCUGCGCUCCAUCUUCAACCAGCUCUCCGUCGACCCGGACGUCCGCGCCAUUGUGCUCUCCGGAGCUGGUGAGAAGGCCUUCACCACCGGGCUGGACGUCCAAGCCGCCUCCGAGAGCGACGCCGCCGUCCAGGGCGCCAAGAGCGACGUCGAUGGCGCUAGGACAGCCACAAAGAUGCGGCGGCAUAUCUACGAGUUCCAGGAGUGUAUUACUGCUGUGGAGAAGUGUGAGAAGCCUGUAAUCUGCAUCCUCCACGGCAUAUCCAUAGGCCUAGCCAUCGACUUGUCCUGCUGCGCCGACAUACGGUAUUGCGCCGCGAACACGCGGCUGGCUGUGAAGGAGGUCGACAUCGGGCUGGCGGCGGACAUCGGGACUCUGUCUAGGCUGCCCAAGGCCGUCGGGAGCUCCUCGUGGGUCAAGGACGUGUGCCUGUCGGCGCGCUUCUUCGACGCGGCCGAGGCCCUCCGCGUGGGGUUCGUGAGCGAGGUGCACGAGAGCAAGGCCGCGGCGGUCGACGCCGCGCUCAAGAAGGCGGGCCUCCUGGCCAGCAAGAGCCCCGUGGCCGUGCAGGGCACCAAGGAGCUGCUGAAUCACGCCAGGGACCACAGCGUGGACGAAAGUUUGCGGUACACCGCUGUCUGGAACUCGGCCAUGCUCCAGUCGGAGGACGUCUCCUCCGCGCUUCUGUCCGGCAUGCAGAAGACCAAGCCGAGGUUCGAGAAGCUCUAG